CGCCAUUGUUUUAGGUCAGCCCUCAAAGAACUCACACAAAGCACCAAACGCCAAGAACAAACAUCUCCUUCCAUUUCUCCAAAAGCAACCUCCAAAUUUCCAUAACUAUGAUUCUCAGAAGUGCUUCCACUCCCCUUCUCAAUUCAUGGUUACACCAUUCAAGAGAUUCAUCUCUAGAGCCUGAGAUUGUGCACCAAAUCCCCAAAUCGCGUUCCAUUCUCCUCUCUGGCUCACCCAGUUGCUUAUCUCCGAUAAUCGAUGAUUCCCCCCGGAGGAUUACUCGAACGCUUUCUGAGACGGAUCUUCGGGACCUGUCCAUGUCUAAGAUGAAACCUUUUACCAGAACUCUGAGUGGGUUUACUGAGGUGGUUGAAGAGACAGAUGCGGUUGGGUUUAGCCGCUCCAAAACGGCGUCGUUGAGCUGUGGGUCAAUUUCUGAAACUGGGGAUGGGGAUGGGGGUGGUGGGUUUGUUAGUGUUCUGGUUGGUGGUGGAGUAGGUGGUAGUGGUGGAAGGAUCCAUGGUGGUGGAGGAUCUGAUGGUGGCGAUGAUGGGAGUUUGGGGUUUGGAGAUUCAAAUCAUGGGAAUGAGAGUACGGAUUUGUACUAUCAAAAAAUGAUCGAGGCAAAUCCUGGGAAUUCAAUGCUUUUGAGCAAUUAUGCUCGUUUCUUGAAAGAGGUACGCGGGGAUCUUGUGAAAGCUCAAGAGUAUUGUGGGAGAGCAAUUUUGAGCAAUCCUGGCGAUGGUAAUGUCUUGUCCAUGUACGCCGAUCUGAUAUGGGAAACUCAAAAGGACUCUCCAAGGGCCGAGAGUUAUUUUAAUCAAGCUGUUAAAGCUGCCCCUGAAGACUGUUAUGUUCUAGCAUCUUAUGCACGGUUCCUUUGGGAUGCUGAAGAAGAAGAAGAAGAAGAAGUGGGAGAAGAAAGCUUUAGAGAAAAACCAGCAACGAGCUUCUUCCAAGGAGUUCACCCCCCACCUCCUCUUGCUGCUGCUUCUUAGUUCUUAAGACUCAUCCUGGCUUCAUAUCUUUUGUAUCAUAGCUUCAGAGAUAACAUCUCUUGACCCUGUUUAUAUUCUCUUCUUGGCCUUAGUAUUAGUAUUCUUUUUUUGUGCAGUAGUGAGUUGUAUCGUCCAAAGAUAUUGAAUUUCUCCCUACGGAAUGAAAGUUGUAGAAAGAAGAUAAGAUAUAUUUUAGCUUAAUAUUUAGAGAGUA